GCUACAAUCCUUAUAUUUAUCCUCGUAAAUGGCUAUUGACAACCGUUCAAUAUUACUCGUAAAACUUUUACUAUUCUGUAAAAAUAAUUUAUGGUUCUUUAAGCAUUGUGCAAAAUGAAAUGGAGUUAACUAAAACAGUGGUUCAAAAGUUUUAACAGCGCAAACACUUUUUGUAUACUACAGAAUGGCCAUACUUGUGCCAGGAUAUUAAGAUUGGCACUAACUUUUGCUAUGGCUUCCUUCUUCUGUAGAGCUUGCAGCGGAUAAGUGCUUUCUCAGGUCGUUUUUUAAACAGCGUGAGUUUUUUGACACAAAAAUUUAGUGAGCUUCCAACUACUGAGUUAACAAUAAAACACAGGUACACCUUUUUGCGAGAAAAAGACAAAAAACCACCACCAAAACACUUGUCAUUCCAUUAUAUAUACAAAUUGAUGAAUGGAGUAUUUCAAUAAGACAGCAUUGUCAGCUUCCAAACAACCAGAAUUACUUCAAGAUGAAACAAUUUUGUUGCGACAAGGACGAAUUGGUCUUUACGAAGGAAAACAUAAACUUGAGCACUUUCAGGAUGGCAUUUGUUACUUGACAACACACCGCAUAAUUUACGUGGACAAAUUGGAUCCUAUGAACUAUUCAGCAGAGCUUAGCCUUUCUUACGUGACGCACAUUGAGAGCUAUAGCGGGUUUUUAAGAUCAUCUCCCAAAAUCAAUUUAAAAAUCGAUGUUGCAGCAAUAAAGGCAGAAAAGCAAAAGACACGAAGCAAUAGUAGGAGUAUGAACAAGCAGGCCAAUAAUGGCUCUAGUAAUAAUACCGGUAUAUGGGCUUGUUCAAUAUGUCUCUUUGCGAAUAAAGCCGAUAAUAACGUGUGCGAAAUGUGCGGUGUGCAUAAACAAGAAACUCAAACAACGACAUCUUGUUCCAUUGUUGCACCUGAUCCAUCAAUAGACACAAAUAACAAUAAUGAGAAUACUUGCCCAGUUUGUACAUUUAUAAACCAUCCGAGUAUGAUACAAUGCGAAAUUUGCGGCGCAACACUAUCAAGAAAAGCCAUGACACCAUCUACUUCCUCCGACUCCUCUAAUUCGAUACCUAACAGUAGUCGUAAUAAUCCACUGCCUACCAGUUCACCAAAUGCUUCUAAUACUGGAGAAAUUCGUUUGUCCUUCAGACAUGGUGGGCAAUCUAAUUUUUUCAACAAACUGAAAGUAGUGUUGAGUAAAAAACAAUGGCAAAAGAAACAGGCACCCUUACCAGUAGAGAUGACAGCACCUGCCACUCGAGGUGUCGGCAUUAGUGCUAUUGAGGAGCGUAUUCAAAAAACAACAUUGGAGGCAAACGAAACCUUGUCCGAUGCCUUUCAAGAUUUAGAUAAACUAAUGAUGAAAGCAACAGAGAUGGUUAAACUAGCAGAGUCAAUAUCGAAUAAGCUUUAUAAAGAUGCUGCAAACCAAGGAGAUGAACUCGGGACACUACGAUCACAUUUGCUUAACCUUGGUAUUGCUUCACCUGUAACAAAAGGGUCUGCUGGCUCCGUAUACCAUCAAGAAUUAGCCAGAGAGCUAGCAGAUUUUUUGGGAAAGCUUUAUAAAAAGAAUGAUGAUAUGAAAUCGUUGACAGAUAUUUAUUGUUUAUUUAACCGCGCUAGAGGUGUCGCCCUCAUCUCUCCUGAAGAUCUAUACAAAGCAAGCCAACAGUUUGAGUCUUUAAGGUUGCCUUUCAGAUUGAGAAGAUUCCCUAGUGGUUUAUUAGUAAUUCAAUCCAUGGAUAUGACGGAUGACAGAGUAGCAUCCCGUAUAUUGAAAUUUGUAAAAGACGAACAUAACGGCUUGACUGCUUUGAGACUAGCAGAAAUUCAGGGUUUGGCUCUACCUGUCGCUGUGGAACAAUUGGCAAUAACGGAGCACCUAGGUUUCAUAUGUCGAGAUGAAGGCCCAGCAGGCAUAACCUUUUACGAAAAUUUAUUCAUAUUGCAGACAAAUCCAGCAAAUCUCAUGGUUUAGUACCUAAUAUAAAAUAAGCUCUUCUUUUACUCUACUCCCUUACCGUUCGCGCAAUUUAUCCCCCUCCCCCCUCUCCCCCCCCCAAGAAGAAAAGGAAAAGAAAACCAAAUAGCAUUUUUACUCGAUAAACAAGCUUUGAGCUGAUGCUUUGAAAAAAGUGACGAUGGCUUUAAAACUUAGCAGGGUAUUUCUUUCCAACUAAUUAUGCUAUAAUUUAAUCAG